AGUGAUCUGCUGUGACGUCACUUCGUUCAAGAGUGUGCCAGAUUUCCAUAGGGCCUUCCGGGCGGAAACCCACGCUAAACACACCGCAAACAGCCCUCAAUAUGUAGCGGAAAAACCACCCAACCUGGCAACAGCUGUCAUACCUGUCGCACUAACAAAUACGUCAUCAAAAUACGGAGCGUGGACGAAGGCAGCGCGAGCUCGGACCGCUCAGACUCUACGGCGUUUGACUAUUUGAAAGGAUUUUAUGCAAAAGAUUUUAAUUUCAUUUGACGGUCAGCCAUAAUGCUGCGUCAUGAUGCCGUAUGCGUUGGGGCCACCAGAGGGCGAUGGGACUGGAAAGAUCACAUGUCGUCUCUGCAGCGCUGCACUGUUCCAACAUCCACAGAAUUGCAGCGGUGCUGAGUUGGCAUGUCUGGAAGAAAUCGGACGAUGAAGAGGAGGAGGAGGAGGAGUGGGAGGAAGAGGGGAGGGGCAGUUGUGACUCAUUCAGGUGGUGAUGACAAAGCGUUUUCUCUCCUCUCUCACAACUAUGAAGAAAUGCUGCAGUGCUCACAAGCUCGGCAUCCAGAAAGGAGCUUCCGAAGCAACGUGCCAAUCAAGAUUUGCAAACAGCGAGCUGGAGGCUGAGCUGAGCAUGAGUGAGAAUCACUAGGAGAAAGAUGGAUGACAGGUGGAGGGGUGGCUGAGGCACAGGAUUGCAGCAUGACAUGAAAAUACUGCAGCAUCCAGUCCACUCCCCACCUCCUCCUCCUCCUGCUGCUGCUCCUCCUCCUCUUCUCUUCAUCUCGUGCAUACCGGCUGUUUCCUCCCCCCCUCUUUCUCUCAGUCUGCGUGCUGUAGCCCUGCUGUGCGGUCCUCUCAGUCCUCUGUUACAGCACCAAAGGGAGGAGGAGCCACCGGCACACACACAAUACACACACACACAUACACAUCUUCACACAGACAUACACACACACACAAACACACACACACUCUGACAUCUCACAUCAUCUCUUCUGCACGCUCACUGUAAGCACCAGCCAGCCAGCGAGGCCCGUUUGAAAGCAGGGGAUCCCAGCAGUCUCAUCGCCCAAAAUGGAUGUACUGAUGAAGGGGUUCUCCAUGGCCAAGGAGGGGGUGGUGGCCGCUGCAGAGAAGACCAAAGCCGGCAUGGAGGAGGCGGCAGCCAAGACCAAGGAAGGGGUGAUGUAUGUAGGCAGUAAGACGAAGGAGGGAGUUGUGUCAUCAGUAAACACAGUGGCCAACAGGACCGUGGAUCAGGCCAACAUCGUCGGCGACACCGUGGUCACCGGGGCCAACGAAGUGUCGCAGGCAACCGUGGAGGGUGUGGAGAACGUCGCUGCGUCAACAGGGAUGAUCAACCAGGGAGAGUAUGGAGGAAUGGAACAGGGUGGGGACGGAGGAGAGGGGUAUUAGUCGUCUUCAGGACCUCCCCUCCCCUGCUCUCCGGCGACCCCUCGCUCCCCUCGCCUCGCUGUACCAGACUCCAGAUGUUCAACAUAUUUUUUUGUGACUUUACAGAACCAAAAUCAACUAAAACGGACUCUUCCGGAUGCUGCACCUCGGCCCCUGUCUCCCCAUCAGCCUCGUGAUACCCUCCCCAUAGCCCCACACCCUUCAGCAGCCACCUCUCUGCACCCCUUCUCCUCCACCCCCCUGACUUCCUGCUGCCUGUAGCUUUUCCACCACCGCCCGUCUUGCCCUCGCCUCACCCGUGUGUUAGUGUCGUCCUGAUAUGACCUGGUGUUGUUACUGCCCCCCCUUGCCUAACAACCGAAACAGAAACCUCACACACAAACACACACGCGCACACACAAACAAAGAGAGAUACGCCUUCAUUUGACAUGUGCAUGAAACACACACACACACUUACGUUACAAACACUCCAUGCCAGCACAGCCACUCACACACUGGACGAGCAGUCAGUUUUGGGUGUGUAAUUACAGUCAACCUCUGCGCUCCAUAGCAAUAACUGAGGCAGGGUACGAGAGGGUGUGUGAUCUUCUGUUUGCGUUUUUGUGAUAGCUUAGAUAUGUGUGUGUGUGUGUGUGUGUGUGUGUGUAGCUGCUGGUGUAUUACAUGAUUCUCCUUGCCUGCACAGGGAAUCGUGCACUGAGGACAGAUAUGACUCUGUUAUGUGUGCAGUAGUUAGUUAUCUACAAUAGACUGCAUGAACACAUGUAGAGCGACUUGUCUCGUGUUGUUUCGUAGAGUAGUGGCUGUUCUGUGUAGCUCUUUGCGUGGCCUAGUUUCACGUCAGCAUUUAGGUACAAGGUUGCUGUCGUUAACCCGGAAGCAAUAAACUCUGCUCAUUUUUCCACUUGCACUGUGUUCACGUGAUGUAGGAGAUUUCAAAGAAUUUCUCUCUAGUGUUACAUAUUUGUGGCUAAAUCAGCAAAAAGAACUUGCUAGCAAUAAAUAAAUUCAAGUUUAAUUUUCGAGAGCUGAUUGGCAUCUCCCUGCUGACAAGCAGAUUCCGAUUCUUAAAUUCUCAUUGGUUCAGGGAAAUCCCUGACGUCUCCUUUUUCUCCUGUACAUCAGCACCAAGAGGACAGACACGAACAAAUAGGAAUCAAAUUAAAUAAUUAAGUGCUUUUCCAACUUUGGCAUAAUAUUUUCAAGCACCUCUCAUGCAAACCAUACAAAAAUAAAUGUGAGGAUGAAUGUCUGGGGGAAUAGAAAAAUUAGAAUAAUUCCAUUUGAUGGGCAUUUUGGGUUUGAACAGGAGGAGGGAAUAAGACGAGGGGAAGUUUAAAGACAACACAUGUUUAUGAGCAGCUGAUAAUUAUCACUUCAUGGUAGAUGCUUUUUAGUCUUUGUGAAACUGCUUUGCAUGCAGUCAGGAGUAAAUUCUUCAUAUUUCUGCGAUGUGGUGAAAAGUUAAGGAACUGCUCCUCGAAGAAAGCAGGAUGAAAAGUUUUGUCGUGGAUCAGCUUUAGGUGUCGUUCUGUGCGCUGCUUGAAUUCUGGGUAGUUGUUUCUUAGGGUAGUUUUUAUUUCACACUCUCUAACAUGAACCCUGGCUGUCCUGAAGAGCCAUCAACUGUCUCAGCCAAUCAGACGGGCCCCUUCUCGUCUCAGUCAGCGUGACAUCACCUUUCACUGCUCGUCUGCCCAGCAUCAGUGUGUGUGUGUCUGUAUACAAUGUAUGUGUGUGUGUGUGUGCAUUAACAAUGAACUGGUGCAGCCAGGAAAGUGUGUGUCUUUGUGUGUGUGUGUUUGUGUCUGGAGGAGAUUUGUCUGUUUUCUCUUUGAGGCCAGUGGGAAUUGAUGACUGCAUGUUGCCUUAUCAAGCAAUCUGACAUUCAUACACACGCACACACACACACAGACUACACGUGACACCAUACUUACACACACAGCACACUCUAAACAACACACGAUCACAAAUCCCACCUCAAACACACAAACACGAUCACAUACCACGUUUAAGUUGGCAUCAAAGCAGACUCGCUGAUUUUCUAAACAGUACCUGUGAAAUUAAAAAGGUUUUGUUGAAAUCCA